AUGGACAACUUCGACAUUGUCUACCAGAUUGUUGACCAUCUUUGCGACCUCCACGACACCAAAAAAUACCACGUUCGCGUGCCACGAAUUGCAGAGUAUGCGAGCGUCUCUCGUGUCUUCCAACGCGCAGUCGAGUCUCUCACCUUCAAGUCCAUCAUUUACCGGGACAGUGCUGAAGACCAAGCACGGUUUACCGCCGCAUUUCGUCCGCCCAAUGCCCAUCGCCGCGCCCUCGUGCGUAAGAUAUUCGUCAGGCUCAAACCGCCAUGUAGCGGGCUUACACCCAAGGAAGUGAGUCGCAACACGAAGCAUCUCACCGCCUCUGUUUCGUCUCUAUUCCAGCUGCUGCACGAAUGGGAGGAAGGGAUUUCGGACCGGAGUCUGAACAAGAUAUAUGUCCACAUUGCCUGUUAUAUACCAGAACCCCACGCUAGAGACAGGCGCCCUGCGCUGAAUCACGACGACCUUUUUCGACUACCUGCCGUCCGGCAGAUCACCGAACUCAGGACCAAUGCCUGUGGACUUGAAACUCCACACGCGGCCACCCUUUUCCAGUUGGCAGCUCACACGCCCAACCUUGAAGUACUGGAUGUUGGCUAUCGGGACGGAGACCACCAAGACGCAUCACACUUCCGGUUGAAGCAGCACUUGGCACUCGCGACUGCAAUCCUCAACUUACGCGGCAAGCUUCCUAACCUACGCGAGUUGAAACUGCAUCAGGAAGGCAACAGAAUGCCCUGGAAUCACAGCUUCCAGUGUCUGGACUACGAGGAGAAGGGGAUCGACCGCGUCUGCGAGGCGCUCCGCCUGCUGGUUGAAGGGAGCACGCUGAAGAAGCUUCUUCUCGACCAAGUUCGGCUCUCGCCUGAUCUCUUCUGUGACCGCCGAGCCCAGGCCAAAGAAGGCGACAGCGUCACAGACAAGGGCACUCUGUGGCCCUCGCUUGAGAUCCUCGAUAUCACGACCUAUCCGGUGGCAGCCAACGGCAAGUGGUACUCCACGGGUAAUCCCAGAGACCACGAGCCCAGAUGGCCUAGCAUAGAGGCCUCCUCGGAUGACUCGGACGGGUCAGGCACAGAUCACGACGACCCGCCGAGUUUGCGUCGCGGAGUCGCCAACCACAUGUGGCCCCAGCACUUCUGGCGACGACGCCUGGACCCAGAAACCUGGUAUCCGGUGCUUCUGGCCAUGAUGUCUGCUCGGAUGCCGGCGCUAAGGGUUGGUGACUUGUUCAUGGACUUUGACGCCAGCGGCUAUUAUUACUCGGGGUUUACAUUUGGCGAUAGGGAUGCGAAAGACCAAGUCCCUCGCAAGUGGAAGGCAAAGCUGGCCAACAAGUCUCCCUGGACGCCCCCGAAAGGGCUGCAAAUGGAGGUCGACGUUGAUGCGCUUGUACCGCCCGUUGAUGACUGA